UCGAUAAAUGUCACAGACUGAUUCACUCCAUAUGUGUUGAACUACAUAUGCUGAAACCAUUCGAAAUCUCUGGGACAUUCUACAAUUGCGGCCAGCAUACUUGAUUUCAUCUCCUGAGUUGAUCUGUUGGGUUCCAGAACAUAAUUCAAUAUCAGCCUUCAGUCUUCCACGCUAAACUGAAGCUACUGCCUAUCAUAUUCGAGCACGAGACAAUCGCUUCUCCUAGACGCUAGUGCAAUCUGAAAUUGCAACUGCAAUUUGCAUCGCCUAGGGAGCACACUAGAUGAAGUGUCUGCUCUCCGAAUCCCCCGACGAAUCUGGCUCGGAUCCACAGUGCCCAUCGUGCUUUUAUUGCUCAAUAUUUUAGAACACCAUGUCCAAGGACACCCUAAUCCUCUCACCACAGUCGGCUAUUGGACAUAGAAUUGCAGAGGGGAGACGAUCUGCAGAAGGUGGACGUGAUCCGAGCAGUAAACGCUGCAGGAGUGAAAUGAGAGACUGCUUAUGAAAAGUAAGCAGUCGAAAGAUGCCGGGCAGCAAGCAGAGGCGAGCGCUGCUGCGGGUUGCUUGCCCUAAUAUUCCAGCGGAAUGCGACGGUGACAAUUCAGGUGGGCCGCAAGCCGCAAAGCGUUGUGCGCAGAAUGGGUAGGGUUUCGACGCCGAUUGGAAAGUCAGCAAUGUGACCAGGGCGCGACCGAAAGACUCGUAUUUCGAAUGACCGAUCCGCGGUUUUGGAAGUACCGACCGUGCAGCGGUGGUCGAUUUUCGUGUAUUGGGGAGGCGGAAAACGGACGGGAGAUGGUCAUCUCAACAGGUGAUUCUGUGCAAUUCGGCGCAAUCGUAUUGUGCAGUUGUGCCCUAGUUUUGCGAGGUGGAGGAGGUGGAAGCUUGAGAUUCAGACGGUGGCUCGGGUGCGAGGAGAGGGCGAAAGAUUAGGGUCUGGGUGAGAUUGCAGACUUUCCUAGCAGUCACGAUGGCGGAAGGCGUUGGAUGCACAAUUCUACCACUUUCAGGUUUUGGGAUUAUGCACCGAUUGAACUCGUGAAGGCGAGGUGUUAAUGAUUUCACUCAAUUACAGCUCGUGUCGGGGUUUUGCACCAUGGACCACCUAAAAUCAUCAGAACUUCAAAAACUUCUGGAGGACGAAGCAGCCACUCUGCACAUUAUGCACUCGAAAAUUGCGAACCAGAUUCAUAUUCUUCAGGUGGAAGAGGAGUUAUUUCGACGGGAGCUGGCAAAAUUGCAACAGGAAGGUAGCAUAGUGGAAUAUUCAAACCAGGACCCCGUGCAGGGAGUGAAUGAAAUUGUCGAGGUCACUAACGAGGAUGCCGGAGAAGAAGGAAGGUAUGCGAAUCAAACAACAAACAGGGACCAAGCGGAUGGUGCUAAAAAUAUUGUAGAGAUUGCAAGUGACGACCUAGAUCCAAGACUCGAUGAGAAACCAGAGGCUGCGCAUGAGACCGGAGCCGAGGGAGUAAAUCAGAUUGUAGAAGUUACAGACGAUGAGGAUGAGAUUAUGAGAGAAUUUGGUAGCGAAGGGUAUGCGCAAGCUCUGGUGGCAUCAUCUCACCCAUGGCCAGAGCAAGAGCAUGCCUCGAAUCUAGAGUACGAAAUUUUCGAGCCAAGCAGUGAUGAGUCCGAAUCAGAUGUAGAAGACUUGCAUAAGAAAAGAAUGAUGAUACCAACUGCAUUUCCCUCAGGCCUUCCGAGGACAGAUGUUGGUGAAAAGCGACAGAGAGAGGAAAUCCCUGAGUCAGAUAGUGAAUUGAAUUCGGAAAUGGAAGUUGAAGAAAACAGCAACGAUCAUGUAUCGCCCGCAAGAAGUCCACCCCGGAAGAAACAAACUCCUCGCAGAAAACCUCUGGAUCCCUGAGACUAUCGUCUCAACCCUUCUAGUAGUCAGAGCUUCAUCUGCAGUAUCGGCACGAGCGGCAUGAGUCGGAUUUUUCUCCAAUCUCAGUUUAAUCGCGAGGUAAAUGACAGUUGGAAUUGCGGAAGUCAUCGGGAUCUCCCCUCGAGUCCCCUCAAAACAGUGGAAAAGUUGUGCUUGGAGGAUGCGGUUUUCAGUCAAAAGGAUCACUUGCUGGCAUCCUGACCCUAAAUAGGUAGCUCAGCGGUCCACCCGGUUCGACGAGUAGACGCACUGCAUGUACAGAGAAUCGUUACAGGAAAUUCCCAAACAGAGAAGCUACAGCAGAAAGACAACCAUGUGGUGCGUGGCGCCAGGGUUGUUGAACUCCACAUCCGACUGUGUAAGUGAAGCUGUCAAUCAAGCCUUCUCCUCAGCUCUUUAGUCCCUUUCGGAGUGCAGUCUUUGCAGAACUUUCUAAAACCAACAAUGACAACGUCACAUGUCAUUACAAAUUUCAACAGGUGUCAUCGGUAUGAUUCACAGCCGACGGUUCUUAGGUGUCGCAAGGACCCGAUAAUCGCGUAGUAUACUGCCAAUGUCUUCCAUGUUCCUGCUGAUUCAUCGAACUGGCUGAUUGCAUGCGUGCUUACAAGCAUUCCGUUCCUAUCGGCCGGGUGUGUUGCGAUUCUGUAUCGACCAAAAUGAUUACUGCGUCGCAGACUCGAUUGCCUUCCUGACAUAACAUUUUCAAAGCUCCGGUGUGUUGUGGUGUCAGUGUGCAAAACCUCUGAGGUCAGUGUAUUCUCACAACAAGCCUAGUCCAAUCUUUACGUUCAGCGAUCGCAAUCCACAUGGAUCAAACAUGCGACAGAAGUGUAUAUUACAGCACCAUGGUCCUAGUUUCGAGUAAUUUCAGUCGAAGCCAGAGCAGAUUGUCAAAUCAUUUCUGCAGCAAACAAGGGCUUCUUUGAGAAGAUACAAAUCGUGCACAAGUGGUCUACACAGGUCUCUAGAAAACGAAAGAGGCAUUGUGCCCUUGAUCACCACCGAGUACUGCGGUGCCUCUGCUUGCAGCUCCAGCAAGCCAGCAUCAAUUUCAUUAUUGUGGGUGCAGGAAGGAGAAUUGUCUGACGAGAAGAGAAAUUCCUAAUGGAGGCCAAAUCAGCAAAUUUCUCGGCGUUUUUAAGUCUUCGACCCUCCCCAACAUGCACAGAAGCUACGGCUCGACACGUGUCUGAGAAGUUGAAGGUCACGGCCUUCAUGUUCUAUCGUAAAGUUGAUCAGUAACGAAGCUGGGACCCGAUCGUGCCUGCCAAAGCGGCAGGUUGGGAACAUGAAUCACAUGACUCUGGCCCAUUUUAGGCCCAAAUGAUUUUCAUCAAUUGAAAAUAGUCAAAACCCUAUUAUAAUAACAAAUUCCAAGUUUCAAACUAUACAUAUUCGUGUUGUAAACUUUUGGAAUUCAAUACUAUGACAUUA